CACAGAAGCACAUCCACUCUCUCCGCCGAUCUCCGCCGCCCCAGUGACGCAGCGAGAAGAGGUCGAGCGAUCGGAAGCGGCGAUGGCGACGGCGGCGAGGACGGUGAAGGACGUCUCGCCUCACGAGUUCGUCAAGGCGUACGCCGGUCAUCUCAAGCGGUCCGGCAAGAUUGAACUUCCUCACUGGACUGAUAUAGUGAAGACCGCCACGUUCAAGGAGCUCGCUCCAUACGACCCUGAUUGGUACUUCAUCAGAGCCGCUUCCAUGGCCAGGAAGAUUUAUUUGAGGGGAGGUCUCGGUGUCGGUGCGUUCCGUAGAAUCUAUGGCGGAAGCAAGAGGAAUGGCAGUCGUCCACCGCAUUUUUGCAAGAGCAGCGGCUCUGUAGCUCGCCACAUUCUUCAGCAAUUGGAGAGUAUGAACAUCAUCGACGUCGACCCUAGAGGCGGAAGGAGAAUCACAUCCAGUGGCCGGCGGGAUUUGGAUCAAGUUGCCGGAAGGAUCGUCGUAGCCCAAUGACGGAUUCAAGGCCGAGCAUGCCUGUGGCAAUGACGCUGAUAUUUGGUUAUCCCCUUUUGGUUUCUCUUUGUUCUUUCAAAAGAACUGCUGUGUUUGUCUGAACAGAGGGGAUCUGUAUGCUGUAUGGACCUCUUGUUCUUCUUGUUCCAUCAUUCAUUUCUCUUUGAACGCUACCCCAAUUUUUGUUGCUGUGGAGUAUGAUUGUUUCUCAA